AUGGAUAUAAAAAAUAUGAGAAAUGAAUUUAUUUUAGAAGAGGAAAAUAAUGUAUUUGAAGACUACAAAUCUUAUAUGAGUGAAAGUAAUGAUUUAAGUAUAGAAAAUAGAGACAAAAGUUCUAUGUGUUCUGACAAAAAUAUGAAUGAUGAAGAAAACGAUGACGAUAGUGAUGAUGAUGAUAAUAGUAUAAAAAAAAAAAAUUUAAUAAAUUUGAAUAACAAAAAGGAGGAAAAAAAAGAAAGUAAAGAUGAAUUAAAGCGGGAAAUAAAAAAAAGUAAAAGAAGUCAAUCAUUGAGCAACGAAUCAGAAAAUUUAACAAAUAAAAAUUUUUCAAUAAAAGAAAAAAUGAAAGAAGAUCCUUGUUUUGUACCAAAAGAAUCAAGAUACUUCUUGCAUGAUAACAGAUUUGAAAAUAAUGAUAAAAAUAGAAAAAAUUCUAAUGAGAAAAGAAAAGGCUAUAAAAUUAAUUACGAGGAAGAAAAAAAGUGGAAACAUGAUUUAUUUUAUGAUUAUAAAUAUGAUAAUUAUUAUGGAAGAGAAAGAAAUGAUAGAUCAAAAAGUCAUACAUAUAAUAAAUACUACCGAUCAAAGCAUAAAGAUGAAAAAAAUAAGUAUUCCUCUUAUAAAAAUAAUAAAGAACAUUAUUACCAUGAGAAAAAUCGUCAUAAAAAUGAUAAAGCGAAUUAUCAUAAAUAUUAUAAUGAUAAAAAUAGGUAUCAAAGUAAAAGAAGUAAUAAAGUAAAUAACUCUACUAAUAAGAAUUUGAGAAAUUACUUAGAUAAAGAAAAUGAAAAAUAUGUAAAUGAAAAAAUGAGUUUAUUUGAAAAAAAAAAUUAUAAUAGAGAAAAUUUAUCAAAAAAAAGUAAAAAUAAAAAUAAUGAAUUAAAUGGAAAUGAAAAAUUAAAUGAAAGUAUUAAGAAAAAUGAAAAGUAUGAGAUAAUAAGAGAUGAUAAGCUAAAAAAUGAAAAAUUAAGCAAAAGCAUAAAUACAAGUGAAGAACCGAGUAAAAAUAAGAAUUUUGAUAAAAAUGGAGAAUUAAAUAAAGAUAAGUAUCUUAAUAAAAAAAAUUAUUUAAAAGAAAAAAGAUUAAAUCAUAAAAAUAAUUAUAAUAAUGAAAAAAUUAAAAAUAUAUCCUAUAAAUUAAAAAAUUGUUACAAUUAUUCAAUAAAUAAUAGGGAUAUCUCAAAUAAUUAUCAGGGGGCACGUUACAUUUAUGUAAAGGAUAGAAAUUAUAUAAAUAAAACAACAACAAAAAUCUAUAAUAAAAAAAGUAAUUUACAUGAAGAUAAUUAUAAUAAAAACUCUUAUCAAUAUAAAAAUUUUAAUCUGCAAAAUAUGAAAAUGAGUAAUUUACAAAACAAAAAUAAAGAAAAUACAAAAAUUAUUAAAGAAAAAUUAUAUAAUGAAGACAAUAUUGAUAAGAAAAAUGAACUAAAUAAGAAUUUUAACAAAUCCAAUAAUUCAUUAAUAAAAAAUGAAAAAAGUUAUUUUAAAUAUAGUUCUUUAAGAAAAUAUGGUAACAAUAAUUACAAAAAUAAUUUAAAAAAACAAAAUGAAAAAUAUCAAAAUAUUAAAUUAAAUACUAAAAAUGUUAAUUAUAAUCAUUAUUUAGAAGAAAUAGAAAAUGAUAAUGCUAUAUAUAGCACAUAUGAUGAAAAUAAUAAAAACAAUGAUAAGCAUAUGAAUGGUAAAAAUUUAAUAAGCAAAAGAAAAAAUUACAAAAACGUAGAAAAUAAAGAACACAUUAAAAUUAAUAAUUUAAAAAAUAAUACUAUAUAUAAUACUAGAUAUGACAUGUACACAAAAAAAAAUAAAGAAAAAAAUGAAAACACCAAUAACUCAGUUGAUAAUGAAAAUGAAAAAAGUAUAAAAAAAUAUUAUAAUAAAAAUUAUAAUAAAAAUGGAAAAAAAAUAGGGGAUAAAUAUAUUCAUAAUAAUAUGCAUAUAAAAAACGAUUAUUAUAAAGAAAAAUAUGAAAAUUUAAAAAAUGAAGUAGAUAAUAAUAUCAUUAAUACUGAUAAUAAUGAUAGUAACAGUAAUAAUAAUAAUAAUAUUGAAAAUAAUAAUAAUGAUAUAAAAAAUGAUGUUGAUAAAGAAUAUAACGAUUGUAACAAUAAUAAUAAUUUAAAGGAUAAAAUGAAUAAAGAAAAUAAUGAACAUUUUAUCAAUGAUAAGUUGAACGAGAUGAACUAUAAUGAUAAAAAUAAAAUCAAUAAUUUUUUUAAGAAUAAUUCUUUUCAAAAAAAAAAAAAUCGUACUCACUUGAAUGAACCUAAUAUUGAUUGCAAUAAUAUAAAUAAAAAGAGUGAAGCAAAUCAUGUGUUUUCUAAGCAUUACGUUAAUAAGGGUACUCAUGCAAAUUUAAAAAGAAAGAAAAAAGAAGAGACAUUAAAUGAUUCAACAAAAAAUAUAUAUGAAUAUCAAAAUAAUAGUGUGAACACUAAAAAUUGUAACGAUAAUAUAGGAAAUAUACAAAUAUAUCAAGAAAAUAGUAAAAAUAUAAUUAAUGAUAAGAAUAAUUUUAACAAUGAAAAACAUUGUUGUAAUUAUUUAAAUAAUAAUAAUUAUAAUACUUACUGCUUUGAUAAUAGUUAUAUUGAUAAUAAUUAUUAUUAUAAUGACAAUAUGUACACUAAUAAUAAUACAAAUUACAUGAAUGAUAACAACACAUUUUUUAAUGAUAAUAAUUAUGUAAAUCAUAUUAAUGACCAUUAUAUAAAUAACAACUUUGUAAACAAUAGUUAUAUAAACGAUAGAAAUUAUGUAAAUGAUCAGAAUUAUAUAAAUGACAAUAAUUAUGUAAAUGAUCAGAAUUAUGCUAAUGAAUGUAAUUAUAUAGGAAGUAACUAUAUUAAUGAUAAUACUGCAUAUAUAAAUGAUAAUUUUGUUAAUGAUAUUAGUUAUAUUAGUAAUAAUUAUAUGAAUGCUACCAAUAAUUAUUACUAUGAUAAUAUGUUUACUACCUAUACGAAUGAGAAUGAUAAUUAUUACUAUAACGAUAAUAAAUACAACAAACAGCAACAAUUAUAA